ACCACUCUGCCUCUAUCCACAGCGUUCAAACGCAAAAACAGCACGCACCAGACACUCAGACAGCCACGGGUGAAGGGCACACUCCAGAGAUGACCGAGCGAAGGCAGGAGGAACACUCGCCGCCGUCCAAGCUCCCCCGCCUCUCCGGCGCCGAUGACGACGCCGACGCCGACGCCAACGACGGCGUAGGCACGGUGACCAUGGCGGCGCCGUUGCCGCUGGCUCUUGGGCUGGGUCUCGGCGUGGGCGGCUGCUGCAGUGACAGCAGGCGCAGCGACGCGGAGGCCACGCGGCCGUCGGCGCUGACGUUCAUGCAGCGGCAGGAGCUGGAGCACCAGGUGCUCAUCUACCGCUACUUCGCCGCCAACGCUCCCGUGCCCGUGCACCUCGUCCUCCCCAUCUGGAAGAGCCUCGCCGCCUCCUCCUCCGCCCCUCAGAGGUUCCCAUCACUGGCGGGGCUGGGGAGCAUGUGCUACGACCAGAGGAGCAGCAUGGAGCCGGAGCCGGACCGGUGCCGGCGCACGGACGGCAAGAAGUGGCGGUGCUCGCACGGCGUGGUGCCGGGGCACAAGUACUGCGAGCGCCACGUCCACCGCGGCCGCGGCCGUUCAAGAAAGCCUGUGGAAGCCGCGGCGGCCACCUCAGCCACCCCGAUCCGCGCAAUGCACGCCGCCGACGGGCAGGGCGCCACCGGCGCGCACGCGCACGCGCCGCCGCAGCGCCUCAGCUUCUCCUCCCCCGCCGGCGUCUACCUGGCCCACGGCACCGCCCGUGCCACCUGACCUGAUGCCGGCGUGUUCCUUCAGUUAGCUGCAGAUGUUUUGCUUGCUUGCUUGGUUGUGUUGAUCUGUAGCGGGAAAUCUCCGAGGAUUAUGCUGGAGUAAUUUUUAAUUUUUCCUUGACCA